CCGGCGGCUCUCUGAGAGGAGGCGUCGAGUGAUUGGCUGCGGCGCGGCACGCGGCUGGGUGAGGGUGGGAGAGGCGCGAGGUGAUUGGUGGGGGCGGCGGUGAUUGGCAGGGGCUGGGCUCGGCGGGCGCUGAGGUGGGGUCCUGAGGGCCUCGGAGGCGUCGCCGCGGACCCCGGGAGCCCCGGGCCUGGCCCAGCGGCUUCCCCCGGUCUCCCGCCCCCGUCCCCGUCGCCCCUCGGAGGCUGUGGGUGAAGCCUCCCUACCCCCAGGCGGACCCUUGUGGCCGGUGGCCUCGCCACCUCCCCUCGGGUGUCUGCCGCUGUCCAUAAUGAAGGGAAUUUUCCACAUAAUUACUGCCCGGAAUGACCGAAGUAAUUAACGCUGGGAAUUACCCAAUUCAUUAAUUCUCGGAAUUCCCAAAGGAAGGUUUCGGGGGUGAAUGGCCAGGAUGGGGUCCCGGGCGCAGGCGGUGCCCAGGUUUUACAGCUCGGAGCCCCUCUUCGGCGGGGUGGCCCCCGAGGUGAUGGAGGCAGCGCUGAUCCGCUUGGCCACGGAAAACGAGCGGUACCUCAGCGAGCUGCCUGGCCAGGCCGGCUGCUGCAAGGAGAGCCGGACCGUGGAAUUUGUAUUCCUUUUGGCUGAGAAAUGGCACUUGGACCAUUCAGCAAGGUAUCAAGCAGUAGAGUUACUUGAAAGGUUUAUGAUCAAGCAAGUAGAGCAAAUCUGCAAGUCCCCCAGUGAGAACAUGGAAAGUACCAAAGAAGGCAGCAGUCGGAGCUCUCUGAAAGAACAGAUAUAUGCCACGUUUGUCCUGCGACUGGUGUCGUGCAUUCAGCUUGCAAGCAAACUUUCCUUGCACUAUAACAUAGUUAACAGCGACACAGCUUUAAAAUUCCUGCAAUCCUUAAAAUACUCGUACACUAAACAGGAGCUGCUCGAGUCGGAGCUUGCUGUUUUAGAAACUCUGCAGUUCCAGAUCAAUGUGUCAACUCCUCUGGCUUACAUCGAAUUGCUUCUAGAGGUUUUAGGACAUAACGGCUGCUUACUUCCUGCAAAACCAUUGCAUCAGAUGUGUGUGCAACUACUAGACUUCUUGUAUCUUAAAAGAGAGGCCAUCUACGACACGUUACUGAAGACCGCCAUCGAAAAUUCGACACCAAGUGAACUGCAGAUGAGACGCUUUUACUUGCGCAGAGCCAAGUUUUCGGCAGUAAAGGAAGAUUUCAUGCUCUUGGCAGUUGGAAUCAUCAGCACAAGCGUUUUCGUACUAAACCCCGAGCGCUGGAAGCAGGUUGUGGAGCAUUUGAACUGCGUCACGGGCAUUACUUCACAAAGCAUCUCAGAAUUUUCACACGCGGUACUGAAGCACGUCGUUGGCAGUAGCACUCCAAAGCAGCAGCGGAGGAAGUAAAGUUCCAGAAAACGGAAUCCUGCCUCUUGAACGCAACUCUCACCUGGAUCCGCCGGUCAGUGCAGCAGGCUGUCACGCCGCCGCUAACAGCCCAUCGUCCGCGACACUGCGCAGGGCGCCCCACACAGUAGGGUUGUUCUUCUGAUCCUGAGCACGGCGUGUUCUGUGACUUGCCGGGUGCCGUUUUAAUUAGAGUAGCUCGUUAUUUUCGGCUCCGCUCCAGCGCCGUGAAGGUAGCAGGAACAAAGCAGCGCUUACGUUUUCCAACGCCAAAAGCUUUAUUGGAAGGGCUACAUCGUUUCAGUUGUGAGCAUGUUUUCCUCGAAGAAACAGAAAACUUAUUGUAAGAGCCUUGUUUUGAGAAGGCAUCAACGCGAGCGUUAUUCUGCUGGGAAGCCCCAGCCCGGCCCUUACAAACAGGGCUGUCAUUUGCGUUUGCUGCCGUUUUAAAACCCAAUUAUUUCUGCCCGCCUGCUGCAGCCAGGCUGCUUCUUAAUGGUCCUCUUUGCCAGUGCUCCGAAGCCUGGUUGCUCUUACCUCAGUCGAGCCAGCUAGUGUUGUGGCGAGAACAAAAUCCCCCCCUCGUUUUGUCCUGGCAGCAGGGGCUGCCUCAGCACUGAGGGGUGCUCAGGUUCCAGCCGAAAGCGCUCUGGGUAGAAUCGCGUUUUAUUGUGGCGUUACUCAGUGCGCCCCCGUGCAGGAACAGGCUCCAGGAAGCGUUACAAACAGCUGGUAGCGCAGCGACCGCCGUCAGACCCUCGUAAAGGCCAGUGGCAAAAAGACGGGCUGAUGCGACUUAAAAAAUACUUUAUUUCAAGCUGCAGUGACCGAACAGACCUUUGGAGUUUUUCCACGUUAUGCCCCGUGUUAGAAACUUUCCUUUUCUAAGCCCCACGUUCCGUUACGCUGUAACAGAGCCCCACCAACGGCGCUGGCAGUUGGAACUGACAAUAACUUUUAUACAUCUCUGUAACCCCCAAACUCCACUUCAGCGUCUAUUUAACAGCCGAUUAUUUAUUUAUUUUUUUAAGUUCAGUUCAGCUCAGCGAUAGAACUUUACGUAUUGCUUUUCUACACACUACUCGUCAUAACGGUGUCUUAAAUAAAGUGUCUUGUGGAUUUU